CUUCACUGCAACGGCGCCAUGGAUCCCGAGUUCCACUUCGACGCGGUGAGCUCCGACGAAGAGACCGAGUUCGAGCCCCCAAAGCUCGAAUCCAAGGAGGCACAGUCUCCGUGGGAGUUCGCCGCUUACUCGGAGUCCGUGGCUGAGGAACACGCCCGGAGGAACACCACCUCGGUUGACGAUAAGAUCUCCAAAGCCCUCCAGGGACGUCAGGUCUAUUCUGCGGAGAGUGAUGAAGUUGAUGAUGAUGAGGAGGGGGCUGCUGAUGACCUUGAUGACCUGCCAAUCGACGAGGAAAUUGGUAAAUCACAAGAUGUUGCUGUAAAGCCCCGUGCUUUUUUCGCCUCCUCUGAAGGAGCAUCAUUUCAUGCGAAUUCUUUUCUUGAGCUCAAUUUGUCCCGCCCUUUACUAAGAGCUUGUGAAGCCUUGGACUACCGCAAACCAACUCCAAUUCAGGCGGCAUGCAUACCGUUAGCAUUGACUGGCCGGGAUAUUUGUGGUAGUGCUAUCACAGGUUCUGGAAAGACAGCAGCCUUUGCUUUACCAGUACUGGAGCGUUUACUUUUCCGUCCUAAACGCAUCCCUGCAAUCAGAGUGCUCAUACUCACUCCAGCUAGGGAGCUGGCUAUACAGGUUCACAGUAUGAUAGAGAAGCUAUCACAGUACACUGACAUCAGAUGUUGCCUUGUCAUUGGUGGGCUUUCAACAAAGGUGCAAGAGGCUGCCUUAAGGUCAAUGCCUGAUAUUGUGGUAGCUACUCCUGGGAGAAUAAUUGAUCAUUUACGCAAUGCUCCAUCUGUUGGAUUGGAAGAUCUCUCUGUUCUAAUCCUUGACGAGGCAGAUCGCCUUCUUGAACUUGGUUUCAGUGGUGAAAUACAAGAACUGUUACGCAUUUGUCCAAAAAAGAGGCAGACAAUGCUGUUUUCCGCUACUAUGACUGAAGAAGUUGAUAGGCUUGUUGAGCUAUCGCUUACUAGACCUGUACGCCUUAAAGCUGAUCCUUCUACGAAGAGACCGGCUACCCUUACUGAGGAGGUUGUAAGAAUACGUCGAUCACGCGAGGUAAAUCAGGAGGCUGUUCUGCUUGCACUUUGUGAAAAGAUUUUCACACAGAAAGUGAUCAUCUUCAGUGGAACAAAACAGGCUGCACAUAGACUAAAGAUAAUAUUUGGCUUAGCUGAGUUGAAGGCUGCUGAACUUCAUGGAAACCUUACUCAAACUCAGCGCCUUGACGCCUUGGAACUUUUUAAGAAACAAAAAGUGGAUUUUCUUAUUGCAACUGAUGUUGCUGCUCGUGGGCUCGAUAUCAUUGGUGUUCAAACGGUUAUAAACUUUGCAUGCCCUCGCGAUGUUACGAGCUAUGUUCAUCGUGUUGGUCGUACUGCCAGAGCUGGGAGGGAAGGAUAUGCUGUUACAUUUGUAACUGACAAUGACAGGUCCCUCCUCAAAGCCAUUGCAAAGAGAGCUGGCACAAGUCUAAAGAGCAGAACUGUUGCAGAAAAAUCAGUAGCCAAGUGGUCUCAGAGAAUCGAACAAAUGGAAGAUGAAAUUUCUGUGAUUCUUGAAGAAGAGAGUGUAGAGAGGGCACUAAGAAAAGCUAAUAUGGAAGCAACAAAGGCAGAGAAUAUGAUAAAACAUAAGGAGGAGAUAUUUUCACGUCCCAAGAGGACAUGGUUUGCAACUGAAAGGGAGAAGAAUUUAAUAGCCAAGGCUGCAAAGUGGAUAAUGAAGCUGAAGCCAUUUCUCCAGAAAGAAAACAACUUACUCAAAAUCCUGAAUGUUGAUACCUUGCUAGUUGGACUGUAUAAUUCUUUGAUCACCAUUGGUAUCCCUUGUUUUGAUUGUAUUGCUUAA